GCAGCAAACUAAACUUAAUUAAUACGACUCUAAUAAUCUCAUUAAGAGAUUUGUUGAUAUGCACAAAAAAGUGUCUUUAGAUUUCUGACUACUGAAUGUUCUUAAAUGUUGAUUUAUUGACUAAAUGUAGAUAAUCGGUAGAAGUCAAUUUCCACUUAACUAUUACUGAGAAUAUCCUUAAAUGUACUUAAAAUCCUCAAAACUUAACUCAAAAUUGAUUUUCUGGACUGAUAUUUUGGAUUAAUCAUGAUUUUUAAAGCAAGCUUCUUUUCCCGUAGACAAAAUUCGUUUUUUUAGUAUGGUUAAUUAAAAUAUGUAUCAAUAUGAAGUUUCAGACAGUGACUUACCACUCAAAGUGAGUUGAAAAAUAAGUGAUUCUGACUGACUUGUAUCCCUCACUCUCAAAUUGUAACAAGCCAUCGCUUUUCUUUUAUAUCUUUCAGUGAUUUCGAAUUCGAAGUCUAUGUAACAGUUUAAUCUAUCAAGCAUCUUUAAUGUUAGAUAAAAGAAGCUUUCUAUUCAAAUUUGUAUCAAGUAAUUCUGCUAACAAUGUGUUCACGCAUAAGCAAUUAUCAUUCCGUUCUUUGUGUAAUUGGUGGGAUCAUUAUUCAAUGUACUUACGGGUACUUUUAUACAAUCGGUAAUAUGGCUCCAUACAUUUUGGACUAUUUUCAAUACCAUAAUAAGUCAAUUUAUGAUAAUUCCAUCAUGUGGUUGACAUCGGUUGCUUUGGGAAUGGAGGCAUUAGCUAUGCCGAUUGGUGGAGCAUUGUACCGUAAAUUAGGAAUCAGAGCAGUGGUAAUAAUUAGCAGUUUAAUUCAUAGCGGAGGAAUCACAUUGAGUUAUUACACACUGAAAUUGGGAUUCAUUCCAUUACUGAUUACUUAUGGUGUGAUGCAGGGUUUCGGGUUUGGAUUCGGUUAUUCAGCUACUAUAGCUGCAUCAAUUGCAUGGUUUCAAAAUAAUCGAGGUUUAAUUGUUGGCCUAAUUGUUGGUGGUUUCGGGGCUGGUCCCAUCAUCUUUACAUCGAUUCAAACAACAUACAUCAAUCCAAAUAAUAUCAAGAUAGAUGACAAGACAAAGCGAUUUGUAGAUGCUGAUUUACUUAACCGUGUUCCUUCUGUGUUUCUACUUAUUGGUGGUGUUUUGUUAGUUAUACAGAUAACUGGGUUAUAUUUGAUGAGAGAUAAACAAAAGAAAGCGAUUGUUCUGUUAACGAAUCACGACUUCAAGGAUCCAGAUAAGUCACAUGAAUUUCCACCUGUUAUAAAAUCUUUAGGAUGUGAAGCAAGUUCAGUAAAUUUACGACCUUUGGAAUUGUUGAAACAGAAAGAAUUUUAUUUUUUAUGGAUCAUUAUAUUUUGUGCUGGAAUACCUUUGACAUCGCUGGCAACACUUUUCAAGCUUUUUGGUAAAACUCAUAUUAACGAUGACAGAUUUCUUGCUAUUAUGGGGGUCGUUGCGGCUGUAUUUAAUUCCGUCGGACGUGCUUUCUGGGGUGCUAUCAGUGAUCGUAUUUCCUUCAAGGUUCCAUUGUGCAUCAUAUUUUUAUGCUGGUCACUUUUACUAACUUCAUUCCCACAUUUACCGUUGAUAUUUGGACCUCAAAUCAAAGUUGGUUUUGGUAUUUGGUUAUGUGGUCUCUAUUUAUUAAUUAGUGGUGUGCUUGUCUAUGCACCAACUGCUACAGAAACCUUAUUUGGACCAAUUAAUAUGGCUGUAAACUACGGAUUAGUUUUCAAUGCAUUUGUAUUCGGUGGUCUAUUCGUUUCGCUAUUGUCCAUCCUAAUUCCACAGUUUCAUGAAUGGGAUAAUCUAUUUUACCUAUGUGCUGCAAUGUGUAUUUUAGCUUUAUUAAUUGUGCCAUGGAUACAUGAUAGGAAAAUGCCCAAAUAUUUCAGCUUGUUUCGAUUUUAUAGGCAAAGUCACAGUUGAAUUCUUCUAAUAACUUGUUCGACAAAUAUCCUGGAAAAUUAUCAUAGUUUUUUUAACAGGGAAACACGAAACUUAUCUUUUAUUGGUAUUAUUUCAAAAAAAUAAUUUCAUCUGAACAAAUGGACAGAAUUAAUAACCUUUUUUUAUAAAAUUAGCAUAUCUCAGAAAAUACAUGGUCCCUUUCAUCGAUUUACAUUUGAUUUGCAAAACUUUAUCAAUCGCAUGUACCAGAUAAUGAUAAUAAUCACUUAAUACAUUAUAAUUAUGUCAUGGAAAUUAUUUACCGUCUGAACUAACUUACGAAAUUCAGUCGAAUGUUUAGCCGAAUUCAUUGUUAUUUAAUUGAAUGAUGAGUAUUUUCAUACUGGCAGGGUUUCUUUACUUAAAAUUUUUCCAUUUCAUCUCAUUAUCCACAAUAAAUGCCUUAGGCAGAUGCAUAUUCAUUCACUGGAAGAUUUAAUGAAGUUCUAGGAUUGAAUAUUGUCAUUUAUAUUUACAGAAUAUACAAAUAUAACUUUAUGAAUGUA